AUGCCUCCGUCCUCCCCAGUCCCUCCUCGUCUAUCCGUCCUCCCCGGUCCCUCCUCGUCUAUCCGUCCUCCCCGGUCCCUCCUCGUCUAUCCGCCCUCCCCGGUCCCUCCUCGUCUAUCCGUCCUCCCCGGUCCAUCCUCGUCUAUCCGUCCUCCCCAGUCCCUCCUCGUCUAUCCGUCCUCCCCGGGCCAGCGCGCGGAGCUGUUUGCAGUGCGCGCAGCCAAGGCGCUGGCGGCGCUGAACGGGCGCUCGCAGGUCUCCCAGGCCGACCUCGUCCGCGCCGCGCAGCUGGCCAUAGUGCCACGUGCCACGGUGUCAUUGGCCAGCGAGCCCAGCAGCAGCCCGCCCCAGUCCGGCCGGGCAGCACCCCCUCCUCCCAGCAGGCGGGCGGAGGACAGCAAGGAGGAGGCACAGGAGGAGCAGGAGGGCGAGGUGAGGGGAAGCGCGAGAGCGUGGGAGAGGGGCGGGGAAAAAGGGGCGUACAUGGGGGGGAGGGGAGGUGGAAUGGAGGGUGAGAAGCAAGGGGUAGGGGCUGAUGUGGACCUGUUGGUCCCAGCGUCUUUCUUGACCGCCCCACCUCUUUCCUCUCUCCCACCCCCCCCACUCUCCUGCCUUUCUCUCCCCCCUCUGCCCUUCCCCCAGCCGCCCUCAGUGGACGAGGAUCAGCUUGUCCCGGCAUCCUUCGUCGUGGCAGCGGAGGACACGCGCCUCGACGCCGCCGCCCUGCAGCUGUUCCAGCGGGCGGCGCGCAGGGCAGGGCGGGCGGGGCGGUCGAAGAAUAAGAUCUACUCGGAGGAGCGCGGGCGAUACGUGAAGGCGCUGCUGCCUAAAGGCAAGGUGGUGUUCAUAGUGGAUGCGAGUGGCAGCAUGGCGCUGAACCGCAUGGGGGCAGCCAAGGGAGCAGCGCUACAGCUGCUGGCGGAGAGCUACAGCAAGCGCGACAGCAUCGCCGUCGUGCCCUUCCACGACCAACACGCUGACCUCCUCGUGCCGCCCUCCCGCGCUGUCGCCCUUGCCCACAAGCGGUACGUGAGUGGUGGUGCCACUGGGUUAUGGGGUGCAGGAAGGCUGAACGGUGAGGCAGUGAGAGCUUCAGCAAGCGCCACAGCAUCGCCGUCGUGCCCUUCCAUGAUCAGCAAGCUCACCUCCGUGUGCCGCCCUCCCGUGCCGUCGCCCUCGCUCACAGGCGGUGCGUGCCGUGAGCGCUACAGCGUGCGGGAUGGUGCCACCGGGGAGAUCGAGCAGCCGUGCCAUUCCCUGCCCAGUCGCUGCCCGCCUGUCCUCUUGUCCCCGGGGCUUUCCUUCAAGACCUUCUCACAUAGCACCUAUGCCUCUCCUUCUAUUCCACUCCUCUCCAAUCACUCUCAACAGGCCAUGCAAGAAAAUGCUCACUGCUGCACUCGUUCCCCACCACCCCCACCUAUCUGCCCCCCUCCUACACCACCGCCCUCCCCCUAUCUUUCCCCCAGCCUGGAGAGUCUGCCAUGCGGGGGCGGGUCACCGCUGGCGCACGCGCUGGUGGUGGCGGUGCGGGCGGCGGAGGUGGCUCGGAGGCGGGGCGACGUGGGGCAGGUGGUGGCGGUGCUCAUCACCGACGGCCGCGCCAACGUGCCGCUCUCUGCAUCGCUCGAGGCCAUGGAGGGGGGCGGUGGUGGCGGAGAGGGUGCGACGGGGGCAGGGGGGGAAGAGAAGCUUCCUCCGCGGCUGGAAGACAUCAAGGAGGAGGUGCUGAGCAUAGCGGCCAAGAUGGGGGCAGCGGGCAUACAGCUGCUGGUGAUCGACACGGAGAACAAGUUUGUUUCCUCUGGCUUUGCAAAGGAGAUUGCGAAACACUCUCAAGGAAAAUACUUUUAUCUACCGCAUGCAACCGUCGCUGCUUCUACUGCGUCUUCUCCACCUCAACCAUUCUUUAUGCUCAACAGCGACGUGAUCUGCGACUAUCCAUUCAAAGGACUGCUUGAGCUUCAUGUCAGCCGUGGUGCCGAAGCUACACUUAUGGUGACUCGCGUUGAGGACCCCAGCAAGUAUGGUGUCGUGAUAAUGGAUGAUGCAGGUGCCGUCAGCCGUUUCGUGGAAAAGCCAAAGACAUUCGUUGGUGAUACUAUCAACGGAGGCAUUUACAUUCUAAGCCCGUCCGUCCUUGAGAGGGUUGAGCUGCGGCCUAUGUCAAUUGAGAAGGACAUUUUUCCAAGAAUUGCCAUGGAUAAGAAGUUGUAUGCCAUGGUUCAUACAGGCUACUGGAUGGAUGUUGGGCAGCCCAAAGACUACCUAGAAGGGAUCAAGACGUAUUUGCAUCACAAGAGAAGUUCACAUCCAGAGAUGCUGGCCACUGGAAGCAACAUUGUUGGGAAUGUGAUCGUAGAUCCCUCUGCUACCAUCUCCAAGAGCGCGUCUGUUGGCCCUGAUGUUGUCAUUGGCCCUAAUUGCAUCAUCCACGAUGGUGCGAGGAUUCAUGGAAGUGUUCUCUUGGGCGGUUCUCGAAUUGGCUCAGGUAGCCUGAUUCUGAACAGCAUUAUUGGCUGGAACUCAACCGUGGGGAAGUGGACACGCAUUCAGAAGAAUUCUGUCCUGGGCGAGGAUGUCACUGUGAACGAUGAGGUGCUGAUCAAUGGCGCAAAGGUUUUGCCUCACAAGGAGGUGAAGGCAGAUGUUGAUACUCCACAGAUCAUAAUGUAG